AUGUAUUCGGACAAUGCCCAAACAUUUAGAUGCGUCUCCAAUCAUUUGAAAGUCCUAAGAUUCGAUCCAUCGAUCCAUGACCUUCUGGCAAUGCGAAAAACCGAAUGGAUUUUUUCGGCCAGACUAGCCCCAUGGUGGGGAGGGUUUUGGGAGCGCAUGGUGCGGACAAUGAAGGACUUAUUAAAGAGCUCCAAUGGUCGUGCUUGUUUGGAAUACGACGAGCUAGAGGUAAGUCUUAUUGAGACCGAGAGCAUGGUGAACGCACGGCCACUUACCUACGUGGCGGAGGGGAGCGACGACCCGCUCCCCAUCACCCCGAACCAGUUUCUCAACAAUAGGCGUUCGAACUGCACUCCGCCGGAGCCAGCCGUAAACCUCAUGGCUCCCGAUGCAACCAAUUUGAAACUUCUGGAAAUGGAUCGUCAACGUAGGGAGUAUGUCAGCGACAUCUGCGAGCGUUUCGUCACGGACUACCUACUCCAAAUCGACAAAUUCCACUGCAAGGGUGCACCCGGCAGCAAGAUCCGGGUAGGAGAAGUUGUCAUCAUUCACGAUGACAACACUAAGCGCCUUAUAUGGACGGUAAGAGUAGUGGAGGAGUUAAUCACUAACAAGGACGGAUUAAUCCGCUCGGUUAUGAUCAAGACGUCGAACGGAAACAUUAUCAACCGCGCCAUCCAAUCCGUUCACCCCUUGGAGCUACGUGAGGACCAACCGGAAGACGUCGAGGUUCCACCUGCGCCGGAGCCGGAGCCGGAACCAGAAAGGGCACCUCCAUCCGUGUCCGCCGCGGAUCCGGUCGAGCACUUAGAGUCGUGGACCACGGGCUCUAGUGGGGAGUGUGUUGGGAAUACACCGUAUUCCCAACAUCCGACAACGCGAGCUGGACGACGGACGUGA